AUGGCGGGCCAGGCCGCCCAGGACGCCCUGGGCGCCAAUGGCGCGGUGGCGGCCCUUUGCGGCCUGCUGGACUCGCCGGCCGCGGAGCAGGCGGCGGCGGCGCUGGGCAAUCUGCUCAGCGGCCACGCGGAGAACGGCCGCAGGGCCGAGGCGAGCCGGGCUUUGCCGCGGCUGCUGCAGCUGUUGCGGCUCGCCGCGACGGAGCAGCGCAGCAAGCUGGCGGAGAACUGCUGCGCAGCCUUGGCCAACUUGGUGGCCGGCACGCACACGGCGCAGGCGGCGGUGGAGGCUGGCAUCUUGGACCUGGUGUCCGAGGUGAUGCCCUUCGUGGUGCGACCAGCCCAGGUCUUUGGGCUCUUGGCCAACAUCUGCCACCAGCUGCCCGAGCGCUUGCCAGAGAUCCUGCGCCUCACCCCGGUGCAGCGCUUGGUGGACGUACUGAAGCCCAAGGAGGAGGCCCCCAAAGCGUCCUUGGCAGCGGUGGCGCUCAGCGCCAACUUGGCCUCCUUGGCCAGCGCCAAGACCCAGCUCCUCCGCGCCGGGCUGUUGCCGCCUUUGGCCAAAGCCAUUGAGAGCUCCACGGACCAGCAGCUGCGACUGCAGGCGGCCAUCUGCCUGGCGAACCUGCUGGAGGACAGCGGGGCCUCGGUGGCCAAGGCCUUUUUGGAGCUGCCGGACCUCCCGCGGCGCCUCAGCUUCCUGCUCUCCAACCAGAAGGCCCCGCUGCCGGCGGCCACGCGGCGCCACGUGGCGCGGGCCCUCGCGCUGCUGUCCUCGCGCGAGGCCUCGCGCGUGGCGGUGAAGGAGUCCGGGGCGCCGGAGGCGCUGAACCAGCUGCUGGCGGAGGCGGAGCCCCUGGCCAAGGAAGCCGCCUUCGGCUUCCUGAACUUGGCGCUGGUGUCCAAGGACCGUGACAAGAUCCUGAAGAAGAACCUGGCCGAGCGCUUGGUGAAUUUGCUGCCAUCGCCGGAGGCCGGGCCCUACGCCGCCGGGGCCUUGGCCAACCUCACGGCGGGCUCCGCCUGCGCGGCGCGCGCCGCGCUGCGCGCGGGCGCGGUGCGCGGCCUGCGGCAGCAGCUGCUGCGGAGCUGCCAGGAGCACGAGGUCACGGGCCAAGGCUUCAGCCUCGAAGGCUCGGUGGAGAAGUCUGCGGCCGUGUGGGUGUUAGGCGCCUUGGGCCACAUCUUGGACCUCAGCCAGGACCCCGCAGCCGUGCGCGAGGCUGCGGCCGCUGUGCAGCCGGCCUGCGAAGUUCUGCGCAGCGGCGAGGGGGCGGUGCGUGACAUCGCCGUCUUCUGCCUCGCCGCGUUGGACGCCGGGUCUCCGAACGCGCCACUGCCUGCGUUGCCAAACCUCGAGGAAGCGCUCGCGAAGGUGGAGGGCCCGAUGCGGGAAAAGGCCUUGCAACUCAGGACUUGGCGGCACGUACACCUCUGGUGCCUGCCGACCAGUGACUUCAGCCGCCAAGCCUAUGCGGACUUCCGGCGCUCGGAGGAGCUCUUGGUGAAGCUGGAAGCUUUUGGCGCGGAAGUCGCGCUCUUUCUUGAGUGCGACGGCGUGCUGCUGCGGCGCGGGGCGGAGCAGUUUUUGGGCUACGACUUGGUGGGCGCCCCGUGGAGCUGGGCGCGGGAGGGCCAAGCCGCCGUGGGCAACGGUGGCCUUUGCUUGAGGCGCGUGAGCUUCAUGCGGCGAGCCUUGCGGCACAUGGGCGCCAGCAGCACUGGUGCUGUGCCGGAGUCGAACGCGCGGAACGAAGACAUUUGCUUCGCGGAAGCUGCUCGCUCUCUGGGCGCCCUCGUCCCUUCACCCGAGGCGGCCGGCGCGUUUUCGGCGCCUCGGCUGGAUUUCACGGACGGGAUCGAGGCCUUGGCCUCGAAGUACCUCAUCGGCCAGGAGGAGCGGUCCGGGGCCUUCGAGGUGCACUUCGAUGAGGAGAAGACCACCUUGGAUCUCUCCAAGGACUGCUAUCCGGGCAAGGUAUGCCCGCCGGUGCUGGUCAUGGUCGGCCGACAGGUGGGCACCAUCGAGGUGUCCAACUGCCACGAAGGCGUCAUGUACACCUUCGUGAACAAGGGCGAGCUGGACGCCGGCGUGGUGGUGCAGCAUGAGGGGGGCCUGUACGGAUCCAAGGGCAUCCCGCAGUUCGGGGUCGGCACCUGCUUCUGCUACCGCGAGGGGAACCUCAUGUGCGGCUGA